AUGUCUCUAAAUGCGCAGGCGCAUUCGCAUAUCUGUGAUAUCAUAGACAAAGCCUGCGAAGACCAAAAGUCAGGUAUUCCAGGGACCACAGUCGUGGUCGUUGGGAAAGAUGGCAACGAACUAUUGGCCCAUUCUGCGGGUAAUCGAGGCACGGGAUCCAAUGACCCCAUGACCUUGGACACUAUUUUUUGGAUUGCAUCUUGUACAAAGAUGUUGGUUGGUGUUGCCUGCAUGCAACUGGUUGAGCAGGGUGUGCUUAAGCUAGAUGAUGCGGAUCAAACAGAAGGUCUUUGCCCUGAAUUGAAGAGUCUCAAGGUUUUGCUACCAGACGAGAGCCUUGAGGAGAAGAAGCAUGGAAUUACCCUGCGUAUGCUGUUAACCCAUACUGCUGGAUUCGGCUAUACAUUUUUCAAUGAGCGAUUGAGACAGUGGUCAUACCCGGUUGGAGUGGAUGAGUUCUCUGGGCGAAUUGAAGACAUGAAACGGCCUUUGCUAUUCCAGCCCGGUGAAGGCUGGGAAUAUGGCGUUGGUAUCGACUGGGCGGGGAUCGCACUGGAACGCGCAACUGGCCUAACGCUCAACGACUACCUACAAAAGAAUGUCUUUCUGCCUCUUGGAAUCAAAGACAUGUCCAUGAUCCCGAGCCACGACAUGCGCCAGAGGCUGGCGUACAUGAAUCAUCGAAGCUCAGAUGGUACACUAAGACCUCGAGACCAUCUCCUUCGAGCGCCUCUGGUUGUUGAUCUGGAGAACGACGCUGAAGUAGCUAGAGUAUUUAACAGCGGUGGUGCGGGUAUAUUUGCCAAGCCGCAGGAGUAUUGCAAGGUCCUCGCUGUGCUGUUGAAUGAUGGAACGUGUCCUAGAACAGGCAGCAAGUUGCUUCAAAAAGAGACUGUCGACGAAAUGUUCUCUAAUCAGAUUCCCCGAUUCCCCAAUUACAGCCGUCAAAGCAUCCCAGAUGCAAAGCCGGACCAAACCAACCCCAUUCCUGAGUUAUACCCAGUUGCUGGGAGCCCGCCACAAGGUUGGGGCCUCACGUUUAUGAUGAGCAAUGGCGGUCCAACUGGGCGGUCGAGUAGCACAGGGCACUGGGCUGGGCUGGCGAAUUUGUGGUGGUGGGCGGACAGGGAGAAGGGUGUUGCGGGAAUUGUUUGCACACAAAUCCUGCCGUUUGCGGACGCUAAGGUGGUUGGGCUAUGGGGAGCAGUUGAGGCUGAGAUAUACAAAGCCCUCGAUAGGGCUUAA